GAUUACAAAAGUGUAGUGAAAGUCCUAUGGAUUGUAUUGUUUUGUUUGUAAUUUCCGAUAAUUUCGCGAUUCCAUUGUACGAAAUUUUAAUGAGUCCAAUUGAUAUUUACAUUUCUACUUAUCAGUAAACUUAACUAUCUUAAUAUAUGCAUAGAUAUAUUGUUAUACAAUGUUGUGUUUUUGUGAAGAAUCGAGAGACGAAUAAGUAUAUAUGUUUUCUUACCAAUGGGAGUUAAAUAAUAUAAGAAUACGGUGCAUAUGAAUAGCGCCAGUAUACGUGAUUCAUAAUUUGAGUACAUAUUUGUAGUUGCUUUGAAUAUAAUGACUGACACUAGACGAAGAGUGAAGCUCUACGCUCUGAACGCUGACCGGCAGUGGGAUGAUAGGGGAACUGGCCAUGUUUCAUCUUGUUAUGUAGAAAGGCUAAAAGGUACUUCCUUAUUGGUGAGAGCAGAAUCUGAUGGAACACUAUUGUUAGAGAGCAAAAUACAGCCUGAUACAGCCUAUCAAAAACAGCAAGAUACUCUAAUAGUAUGGUCAGAAGGUGAUAAUUUUGAUUUAGCUUUAAGUUUUCAAGAGAAGGCUGGCUGUGAUGAAAUUUGGGAAAAAAUUUGUCAGGUUCAAGGAAAAGACCCGUCUGUUGAAAUUACUCAGGAUAUAGUAGAAGAAUCAGAAGAUGAAAGGUUUGAUGAAAUGUCUGAUAGUGUACAGCCAGUAGAACUGCCAGCAUGUGAAAUGGGCCGUUUGGAAGACAUAAGCGAGUUGGUCAACAGUUGUCUGGUGUCACCUGCAAGGAAAGACAAAUUGGCAGCUGCGUUAGAAACUCAACAUUACAUUAAAAAACUUCUCAAUUUAUUUCAUAUGUGUGAAGAUAUUGAGAACAUUGAAGGUUUGCAUCAUUUGUAUGAGAUAUUUAAAAGCAUAUUCCUUCUCAACAAAAAUACACUGUUUGACACAAUGUUUGCUGAUGAUACUAUAUUUGAUGUAGUGGGAUGUCUAGAAUAUGAUCCAAGUUUACCCCAGCCGAAGAAGCAUAGAGAAUAUUUAAGAGAGCUAGCAAAAUUCCGAGAAGCCAUUCCUAUAAAAAAUAAGGAUCUACUCGCUAAAAUUCAUCAAACAUACAGAGUACAGUACAUACAAGAUAUUGUAUUACCAACACCCACAGUUUUUGAAGAUAAUCUGCUAAGCACAUUGUCCAGUUUUAUAUUUUUCAAUAAAGUAGAGAUAGUGAAACUAAUAGAAGAGGAUGACAAGUUUCUUACAGAUUUAUUUAAGUUACUAAUGGAUGAUAAGACCCCCGAUCCCAAGAGAAGAGAUUUAGUUCUAUUUUUAAAGGAGUUUUGUAAUUUUUCACAAAAUCUGCAGCCACAAGACAAAGAUGCCUUUUAUAAAACUUUAGUUUCAUUGGGGAUCCUGCCAGCAUUAGAAAUAACACUAAGUAUAGAUGAUCAGAAAACCAAGACUGCAUCUAUAGACAUAUUGACUUACAUAGUUGAGUUUUCACCAUCAGUUGUAAGGGAUUAUACUUUACAGCAAGCAAGUAAUACAGAAGAGGAGCAGAUGCUUUUAAAUAUUGUGAUAGAACAAAUGCUGAGGGAUCAAGACCCUGAAUUGGGAGGAGCUGUGCAACUUAUGGGUGUGUUACGCAUACUUUUGGACCCAGAGAGUAUGCUAGCAUCAGUCAAUAAGAGUGAAAAAGCUGACUUCCUUAAUUUUUUCUACAAACACAGUAUACAGACAUUAAUAGCUCCAUUAUUAGAUAACACAACAGGUGAGAAGCCUCUCAAAGAAGACUACCACACAGUGCAGCUGCUAGGUUUAGUUUUAGAACUCCUGGCUUUUUGUGUUGAACAUCACACAUACCAUAUCAAGACCUGUAUAUUAAAUAAGGAUCUACUACGGCGCAUUUUAGUGCUUAUGAGAUCUACACACACUUUCCUUGUGCUGGGUGCACUAAGGUUCAUGAGGAAAAUCAUUGCACUCAAAGAUGAAUACUACAACCGUUACAUAAUUAAGGGCAACCUUUUUGCACCAGUGAUAGAUGCGUUCCUUAGAAAUAACGGAAGAUAUAAUUUAUUAGACUCGGCUAUAUUAGAAUUAUUUGAAUUUAUCAAACUUGAAGACAUUAAAUCACUAUGUUCGCACGUCGUUGAAAACUAUGGGAAGAUCUUGGAGGAUGUUGAAUAUGUGCAAACCUUUAAAGCGUUAAAAACGCGAUACGAUCAAAAUCAAGACAAACUGAAGGAGAGAGAUAGAGUGAGCGGCAGCGUGACGGUAGCCGAGGCGGUGGUGCCGUCGCUGCUGCGCACGCGGUACAGGCGCGAGGCGCGGCAGCCGGACGACGAGGAGGAGAUGUGGUUCAACGACGAGGACGAGCUCGAGGACGAGGCGCCGCUCGACGCACCGCAGACGCACGCGCACCACGCUCUCGACGCCAUUGGUAAAAUAGUCGAGAAGAAAGUGUGCACGAGUACGGAGAGCGUGAACGGGCCGAGCCGCGUGCUGCUGACGACGGCGGCUGCCAAGCCGGCGCACGCUGACGUUCAGGUAUCCACGCCCAGAUUACUCGAUAAGGGUCUGGUGGACUACGACGGCGACUCGGACGAGGAGGAGGAGAGCGGCGGCAGCGGCAGCGGCGCGGGCGGCGGCGGCGCGCCGAGCGACGAGCGGGACGCCAAGCGGCCGCGGCUCGCGUAGUGCGCGCCCGCCAGCGGCCCCGCGCGCGCCUUUCAAGGAAUAUAGACACCCCCGCGAACCCGUCUCGCUGACCUGUGCAUACGGAUACUGCGUAAGAGCCCUUUAUAAUUUGUAAGUGUACGUAUGUGUUGCCCGCUCUAUUAUAUUCUCGAUGCUCCGGUACAAUAUCGUUGCAUAUUACGCCGACGUAUCCGGUUCGGUUACAGAAUUAUAUUAUAUUUAUUAUUGCGCCGCGAACGGCUCGGCCCGAUCUAACAAUGGAUCCGAUAUGCGGUUAUUUAUGGUGAUCGGCGAUGUAGAAGAGUGUGUUAUGUGUGAAAAUUGCGGCCGACAUUAUUGCGUGGCCGUUGAACGUUUAUUAGAUGACGUGUAAGUUUUUGAUUAAUGAUGCCUUCUUGUUUAGUAAAUGUUCGAUGGAAACGUAAGGGAAAAUUAACAGAUGGCGCUUGUGUUGUUUGUGUCAACCGAUCGAUUUCAAGGUUGUGACGUCAUUGUUUACUAGUAGCAUACAGUUUCGGCCGUAAUUUUCAGAUACUUUAUUUAUUACACCAAUAUAUAGCUAUGCUUUCUAUAUAAUGUAAAUACGAGUGACACUUAAGUGUUGCAUUAUUAUUAGUUGACGUAUGAAAAUGUUCAUACAUUGUAGAGUAUAAACCAGAUGGUAUCAGAAUGUAGAACAAAUAUUGGUUAUGAAAUGUAUUAAUGUGACAUUUUAAACGGUUAGGUUACUCUUCCGAAGAAUUGUAAUCGACUAAAGUACAAAGAAAAUAUGAGUGGGAUUUAAAAUAUAUUACUGUUAGAAAAGUGGAAUACAGUGAAUGCGGAAUGGAUGUGUAGAUGUAUGUUUAUUAAGGAAAUACACUAAAUGACCAACAAUUUCUUAAGACUAAUUUUGAUUAAAUAUUACAAUGGAAUUGCGAAACUGUAGUCGAAUUGUAAAGCCGUAAUACUGCACAAUUACGCUGGUUACUUUUUCUCUAAGAAACGUAUCGUAAAUUAAAUAUAUAUACCAGAACUUAUCUUCAACAAAACUAACUAUUAAGAAGAAAUAAAACAAUUUUAAUCAAACAUGUUCGUUAUGUUAAUUAAAAUAGUUUUAUUUCAACAUAUUUACUAUACUUUAGUAAAAGAUUUGUCUUGAAAAAAAAAAAGAACAUUACUUUAAUCAUUCUGAACAAAAUGUUGUGCUUUUUUAGAUACGUUUCUUAAAUUUUAUAUUUGUGUAGUUUUUAAUGUGUCAAUGCGAAGAAUAUUCAAAAGGAGUUGAAUUUUACGUUUUUCUCCAUCCUCACUGGACAGUAUGCAUUGUUGUAUGGAGUCAUAAAUGUUUUGCGUUUGUGUAUCAUUGAAUAUUACACUUUUAAUAAUAAAUGUUGUUUGUCUCAUGCUAUUACUUACAUUUUUGUAUAGUGAAGUGAUAGUGUGAUACUGUGUGUCGAGGUUUAAUUUUCCAAAGGCUUGUUUCUUAUCAAAUAAAAUUAUUGUUGCCAUUCUAUCUUAUAAAUCAUAUUAGAGGGCAUAUGAAGUGAUCUAACUUGCACAUUAAGAAAACCAUGAUAAAUUCGAUAAAAGAAUUUCAAGUUUAGUAUACAAAUGUGUAUUUAAUAGCAGUACAUUGAUGUUGGGAAUUGUAAACAUAUAGUAACGUUUUUUUUCUUUUCAUGAAUCUAAUUAAAGCCGCACAUAAAAAUGCUAUUUUAGCUAGUGUUAUGUCAAUGUACUGUUUUGAAUGCUCAUAAAAACUAAUUUGGAUUUAUACCACUUUGGUUCAUAUAAUUAGCACUUAGGUAUUGCAUUACGCGUAGUGCAUGAAGUGUAAUAUAUGUACCAAUAUAAAUUCGAUAAGUGUUAAAAACCUACAACUGCUUACUGUCCACAUAGGAUGAAGCCUUAUUGUCAUUUAAAAACUGAUGAAUACUGUCUGAACUACUGAUAAUGAUAAUGCUAAUUUAACAAUAUGAUUACAAUCAUCAAUGGAAAUAAAACUCUGAGCGACACUUGUGACAUAUUAUGGUAGUUUAAUAAUGAAAUAGUGUGUAAAUUGAAUGUGAAAAACAUUGUGAUUUUUUUAUUGAUUAUUAUUAUAGUAAAUCUUGAAUUUUUAUGUGUUAUUAUUUAUCGCGUUACAAAAUAAGUGAGGACAGUUCUCAUGAUUAUUUAUUUAUUCGGAAUCUUUAACUCAAUUUGUUAUGACAUCUACAGCAUGUAUAGUCCAAUAUAAAUAUUAUAUUUUUAUUCUCAGUAUCAAGUUGUUUAAAGAACAGAAGAAUGUAAACUUUGAAUUAAUUUAAAAAGUAAGGCGAGUUUAAUCUGCCAGUUUCUAAAACCUUAUCACUAUAAAAGAACAUUAUUGUAUUCAUUAUUGUGUAUAAUGACGCCAUAAUCGGGUAAAAUAUUUUGUAACGAAAUUAAACUCUAAUGUCACAAAAGUUAUGAUUUAUGAAUGUAUUUUGAAUUUCGAAAUGAAGAGAAUAUAGAUUUUUUAGUGUUAGUAUUUAAAUUUUCUUCAUUGAAUCGGAAUUGCUUUCGAAAAGAUGUCAACAAUACAUUCAUAGGUGUAUGAAAUAGAGAAAGAAAACAAUCUUCUCAUAGUGAAGUGUAUUUCAAAGAAAUAAUUAUAUUACUGUAUGUAUGAUUGUUUUUCACAUUACAAUAGAUACGAUUUUAUUAACUAGGAAAAAUUAUAACAUAAUACAAAUAGCUUCUUUUUUUCAAUAUAAAUUAAAUGUAUCUAAAUAGUAUAAUAAUAUUUGUUUUCGUCAUCAGUUGUAUCUUCCUAAUGGAUGUGAAUUAUUUAAAAUUUUAUUUUAAAAUUAAAGAAGUCUAUCCACUAUCGACUAAUUUAUAUGAUAUUAUUUAUGUAACAACAAACCUUAAAUAUUGCCUGUAAUCAAUAUUUUGUAAUGUUUCUACCUUUGCCCAAUACACAAAUUUGUAAAAUUAUUUUGAAUCAAAUUCAGUUAUAAGGUAUAUGUAUUGUAUGUAUGUAUUUUGUUACUUUAUAUUCAAGGUAUAUAAAUAUUUGAAUUUAUAAAAAUGUGGAUUGAUAGGGUGUGAAAUUUCUGUUUAUGAAUGUUAAUCUCAGAACGAAUAUGAUAAAUAAUCUUUAGACUUUCCAAAAGCUUGAUACCUAACCGUUAUAAUUGCGUCAGAUUUUCAAAUACAAUGUAUGCAAUGCAUCUGCAAUCUGCUCUUCAAACAUAUCAGUUUUUUUUAAAGGAUGUUUGAAAAAAUAUUGAUCUCUUAAUUGAUUACUGUUUAUGUUUAACAAACAUUGAUGGUCACUUAAAAUAUACUUCCCUCGGCAUGGCAAACAAGUUUUCCAUAAUAUCUUUGUUAGAAAUUGUAUAGCCAAGUGUUCUAAAAGCAUUUGUUGAAUAAUCUCGCUAGAUUGCAAUUAUUUGAAUAGUGAAGUGCACAGUGACUGCGAGACAAAAUUUAUUAUUAUAUGCGUGGAAUGAAUUUGUCAGAAAAAUUGUAAAUACUGUUUUAUGUAAUACUUUAUUUUUAUUCUGUCAAAAUCCACGUGUCUAAUAGCAUCCAACCGUCAAUUAGAUUUAUUAUUACGAUUCUUAUAUUCCUUGAAAUGACUUCCCGUUGGUUAUGAUACAAAAUUCUAGAUAAAAGUAGACUGUAACAAUAACUAUUUUUUAUCUGUCUAGGUGGAUGACCAUCAUAAACUAAUUUAUACACAGAAUUAAAUUUAUAAUAGAUUUACCUAUUGGCAAGUUGUGUAAUAUAAAUAAGCUUACAAUAAUGCUAUUAUUAUGAUGUCACUAGUUACGUAAGCAAUAUGAAUAUAAGGAAAUACGAAA